CGCCCUUGUUUGUACUCUGAGUGGACAAUUUGAGGACUAGCUCUGAUUAACAGCAGAUUUUAUUUUUUUAUUACAUAUCAUACUUAAAAAUAAAACGCACAUAUAUAUACACAUAUAUUCACCCACAUCGAAGAUGGAAGACGAAGACAGAUAUAUGACAUUGAAUUUACAAUUGAAAAAAAGGAGUUCCAGCCAAACAUCCCAAGUUAAAUUUAAAGAUGGUUCUGUGAUGUCACACUGGUAUAAAAUCUUAUUGGGGAUAUCAGGAACAGUAAACGGUAUACUGGUUUUGACUUUGAUCUCCCUAUCUUUACUGGUUUCUCAGGGAAUAUUGCUAAAAUGCCAAGAAGCAAAGAAUUCAAAUAUCACCCAACAUGAUGAUAUUGGAAACCUGAUAAUGAACAGUGACACAAGAGGAAAUAUAACUAAUAAGGAUAGAAGUUACUGUGGUUCAAAAGCUACAGAGUUGUGCCCAUCGGAAUGGCUCAAAUAUCAAAAAAAGUGUUAUUGGUUCUCUAAUGAAAUGAAAAGUUGGAGUGACAGUUAUGGGUAUUGUUUGGGAAGGAAAUCUCAUCUACCAAUCAUUCAGGACCAACUUGAAAUGGCUUUUAUACAGAAAAACCUAAAACAAGCAAAUUACGUGUGGAUUGGGCUUAACUUUACAUCCCUAAAGAGGACAUGGACUUGGGUGGAUGGUUCUCCAUUAGAUUCAAAGACAUUUUCCAUAAAAGGGCCAACUAAAGAAAAUAGCUGUGCUGCCACCAAGGAAAGCAAAAUUUAUUCUGAAACCUGCAGCAGUGUUUUCAGAUGGAUUUGUCAAUCAAUCAAUAAUCAAUGAUCAAAGUUUUUUGCCAAUUAAGUUUUAAAAUUAAUAUUAAGGAGUAAGAAUUUAAAAGCACAAUUAAAAAAUAGAACUUGAUUAAACAACAAAAUGUCUUCUCUAUUUCCCCUCCAUCAUCUACAUGGAUCCCAACCUUAGAGUACACCAUGUAAACAAUCUAAAAUAUGCCCUUUCAAUGUUUUAUGUGGUAAUAUAAUAAAGUAUGAGUCCAUGCAUUCAUACUCAGGAUUUUUAUUCGCUUUCAUUUUACAACAAAUGUGAUCAAAUUACAUCUGCUUUUCUGUAUUGUGCUUGUUUAAUUUGUAACAAUAUCCUAUGCAAAUUUCAUACAAUUCUGAGUUGCAUUAUAGUGUGGAUUUAUAUAUAUAUAUAUUUUUACUGGUUUGUUGAUAAGCAUUAACUUUGUUUUCAAGUUUUUUCUGCUGUAAACUAUGCUGCAAUAAACACUCUGAACAUCUUUUUAAAAAGUAGUACCUUUUUUUCUUUGAUAUAAACCUUAAAACUGGA